AUGGCGUUGUCUGCGCAAGCGGCGCUUCUGGAUGAGUUAAUGGGGAAGAAUAGGAACGCUUGUGGUCCAGAAAGUCUGAAAACUCCACACUGGUCGGACGAAGAUAUGUGCAAGUCCUUCUUGUGUGGUUUCUGCCCACAUGAUCUGUUCGUGAACACGAAGACUGACUUGGGCCCCUGCGACAAAACGCACGAUGAACGUAUGUUGGAAAUGUAUAAGAAGAGCAGCCGUUACGGCAAAAUGGGUUAUGAGGAAGAGUUUUAUCGUUAUCUGUGUUACCUAUUGGAAGACGUUGACAAAAGGAUUCGGCGUGGUCACGAUCGCCUUAAUGUCAGUAAGGCGGUCAAUCCUACUGAUCCGGACGCCGCCGCUGAGAAGAAGGAAAAAAUCGAAUCAAUUACCCGAAGAAUUAAUGACCUCGUCGAACAGGCGGAGAAACUUGGCACUGAGGGCAAAGUUGAUCAAGCCCAGGGUGUGCUAAAGUUGUGCGAACAACUUAAAUUCGAACGGUCACAACUCGAGGGUGACGUCCGUCCAGGCGUUGGGCAGUCAAAGGAAUUAGAGGUAUGUGAAAUUUGUGGUGCUUUUCGAAUAAAAGAUGAUGCUCCACAACGGGUUGAAGAGCACCUUUCUGGGAAGAUGCAUCUGGGCUAUGCAAAAAUACGUGAUUACGUAAGGGAAUACGGGGAAAAGCGCCUUUUGGCCUCUAAGGAGAGGGAGCGCGAAUCUCGAGCGUCCGACAGCAGUGCUUCCAGGCAUCGCGAUCGUCACCGCAGUCGUGAUCGGAGCAAAGACCGGAGGUAA